GUGAUCCAGCCUAUCAUUACAUACGCAGCCGGAGUGUCGGGACAUGUGGCCGAUAAGAAGUGCGUGAGGAAACUCCUGUCUAUGCAGAGAGCCUUCGCCCUAAAGGCCAUCAGAGGAUUGAGGACAGUGUCCACCUCUGCUGCUCUCGCACUCGCCCUGUUCACCCCCCUGGAUCUUAAGGUCAAAGAAGUGAACCGGAUCGAAUCUACGUGCCUCACCGCCCACAGACAUACAUACGACUCACACACGUUUUGGACCCUAAACGAGGUCCAGGAAUUCCAGUCAAGAGCUCACCCUAACACCACCCACACCUUCACCGAUGGAAGCAAACUUGAGGAUGGUACGGUCGGGGCGGCCUUUACAGUUAUGAUCGAGGACGCAAUCCUGUCAGCUGAACUUCUAGCCAUCCUCAAAGCUUGCGAAUGGGCCUCUUCCAACCAACAUACACGCACGGUUAUGUAUUCAGAUAGCAGCGCUGCCAUUCUCGCCAUCCAGAACCGCAGUGACACACACCCCUUGGUUGCGAAAAUACACUCGACAGUACACCACACGUCCAGGUCCAUAGAGUUCGCGUGGGUCAAGGCCCACGUGGGCAUUGUGGGGAACGAGGCCGCAGACACCGCUGCCAAGCGGGCGGCUAAGCUUCACAAAGCCCCGGACUACACACAAUUUCCUAUCACCUUUAUAAAACACUAUACGCGAUCACUCCACGCCUCAGUCUGGCAGUCUCGAUACGAGAGCGAGCCACAAGGACAACACACUAAACAACACCUCCCUACGAUUAAACAUAUCAUUAAAUUACACUCACUUGCUCACAACACAUUCACACUUACCCAGACACUUACAGGACACGCCUACACAAAACAAUAUUUACACAGGGUUAAGGUCACGGAGAAUGCUGUCUGUCCGUGCGAUGGCACCACGGUGCAGUCAAUGGGUCACGUGCUUGAGGACUGCCAGCGGUUCAUCGCCCCGAGAUCCGACCACCAGAUUAUCUGCAGCCACGCCGGGGUCUCUCCGUUCAACAUGGCCUCCCUUCUGGAGGACAAAGAAGCAACCAUAUCUUUUAUUAAAUUUUCCGAAUAUAUUAUCAACCACCUCAAAGCUUUUAACAACACCUAA